AUGCAAGUCAAAGUGAAAACAUUGACAGGCAGAGACAUCCCUGUUGACAUCGAACCGACCGACAGAAUCAUUCGUGUCAAGGAAAUGAUGGAAGAAAAAGAGGGAAUUCCUCCCUCCCAGCAAAGACUCAUUUUCAACGGAUCACAGUUGGACGACGAAAGCACGGUUCUGGAGUCUAAUAUCACACCAGGGAGUUCCUUGCACUUGGUGUUGACCUUGAGAGGUGGAUGGUAG